AUGAGCAACUCUCUGCGUGCCCUACAGGCAAGAGUAGAGGCAACGGAGAGUAGGGACACCCGGAGAGCCCUGACCGCGUACGAGGAUCAUCCGGGUCCCUUCACCCAACAAGUAAGAGGUGCCAUUCGGGCGAAUAUAUCAAAGCCAUUGAAGAUCGACUAUACGGGAGUCGGAGAACCAUACCAACACCUACAGGCCUUUCGAUUGCAAACAAGCGUCAAGGGGUAUACGGAUGAAGUGUGUUGCAAUAUGUUCCAGGAGACCUUGUCAGGGGAGGCUUUGAGUUGGUUCUACGAACUACCGCCCGGUUCUGUAGGGAACUUCAGGGAACUAGCUGACAAGUUUGUAGCUCGAUUCAUCUUGCGUACCGAUGGGAUACACACCCCAAAGGGCCUGCUGAAAGUCCAGCAAGGGGAGAAUGAAACUUUGAAGUCUUUUGUUAAUCGAUGGCAGGCGGCUACCGCUAAGUGCCGGGAUCUUAAUAAGGAACUGGCGGAGCUGGCUUUCAGGAGGGGCUUAAGGCGUGGGGAAUUUCUCUAUGAGAUUAAUCAUAACCUUCUGGCUAACUACGACGAGCUGAUGGCUACGGCCAUCAGACACACCCAGGUUGAAUUCGAAAAGUAUGGGGACACCCCCAGACCAGAGCUAAGGGUUUCCACCCCGGCCCCGGUGGUCAGGGAUGAACCACGAAAGAGGGAAUGGGCCCAUAGUCAAGACCGGUCAUCCCAUUCCUCGAGCAAAAGAAGAAAAGAGUCCUCGUCUAGGUCCAACAGUUACGGAACCACCCAGCCACACCAGGAGCAGAGGGCACAGCAAGCCCCGCGAACACCACCACCACCCCAGUAUGAGGUGUUCACUAUCCUCAACGCUUCAUAUGAGACUAUUUGGAACGAGAACAAGGAUGAGAUACCUGGACCACCACUGCGAAAGUUCCCAAAGAGUAAACUUACCCAAUAG